AUUCCGAGUCAUCAACACUCCCGGUACAUUGUCCCUCUUCACCAAAUUUUUACCCGAACGAUGUUGAUUUUAUCGUUUACAAUCCAGCUGAUAUUUAUCCUUUCUCGCCUUGGAAGGGAAACCAUAGAUUUUGCUGGUCAAAUCUUUUUGUCGCUGGAUCCGACUGGAUCAUUCUACGUGCGAGACUUGAAGCCCGCCGUCUCAUACUCCAGCCCUUUGUUGCUUCACGCCUAUCUUCAGUCUCCAUUGUCAUGUUCUUCCGUUGCACUCAUCUGUCACUGUCGCCAUUCAGUCGACCGUUCGUUGUGUAUCUCCUGUUCGCCAUUGUUCUCCUGAAUGCUACUAUGCUCGCCCGGCCCAAUCCCAUACCCGGGAUCGUGCCUGAAAACAAAAAACCUACGGUACAAUAUAAUGGCCUCAAAAUCUGGCUUGGACGCAUUGCCAAGCUUCGACAGAGCAAGAAGUAUAAUUAUACACUGUGGUCUCCGCUCGAAAAGGAUGACAAAAUUGUCUUGUUCAUCGGAACCCACGAUGGCUUCACAGCGCGCAUUAGUCCGGCAUCAAUACCAGGCGAUGAAGACUUGAUGCCUUGGUACACACAGCCUGCAAAAAUGGACCUCUCACCGCCCGAAUACAUGCCUCAUGAAGCAAUUUCCAGCAAAGGCCCUUGGGUCAAAAUGAAGGCUAGAUCUUUGGUGGAUUUAAAUAUCAAGGUCGACUUUGGUUCCUUGAAAUCAAAAGAGGAAUCGUUCAACGUCUUUCGCAACGAAGAGGAUUUUCUUGAAAAGGUACCCAAAGUGCUUGAAAUGAAAGAUUUAAAGGUGGAGAAUGAGUGUGACUAUUACGAUCUCAUGUUGCAAUACAUGGUGAAGAUCGAAGCGCUGGAUACCACAAAAUACGACUUGAGUAGGUGGGAGGUGCUGAAAGCCAGGAUUAAAGCUGUAAAAGGAUAUCCUCAAACGGAGGUUCCGCCUCCGAAUGAAGGAAAAGCUUAUACCUUGUCAAUCAAAGACAUCUGACUGGCUUAGGACAAGUUGGAACGGGGGAGAAUGGUUUGCUCUGAUGGGUCGUUUGUGUAAAUGCCCUGACAGUCUAUCUAUUACUAGUAGUACGUCGCCAGGUAAAUUCCUCUCCAGUAACUUCGAUACGGACUUUGGUCUAGGGAAUUAUUAACUUGGGAGCCAACCAGGGCUAACUAGAGCCCACAUAAACAGCAAAGAGAGCACUGCGGCGCACCUCCUGUUCUUCAGGCUCAUCAUGAGUGUUUCCCAAAAGAAUACUGAGCAAAAUUUAAUUCCGACACGGGGAAUCGAACCC